CGCCGAGCAUCGCGCGCGCCCGGCCGGAGUGCGCGCCGCGGCGGAGGCCGGAGAGCCCUCCAGUGACGUAAUAGUGUCAGGAGCAGCCCAUGUGCGGACGGAUCCCUUCAUCAUGCUCGUCAAAGAAUUUCGGGUUGUCCUGCCACUCACGGUAGAAGAGUACCAAGUGGCUCAGCUGUACAGUGUCGCAGAAGCCAGCAAAAAUGAAACAGGCGGUGGAGAGGGAGUCGAGGUGCUUAAGAACGAACCCUUUGACAACCACCCUCUACUUGGGGAUAGAUUUAGCAAGGGCCAAUACACGUAUAAAAUUUAUCACCUCAAAAGCAAAGUCCCCUCCUUCAUCCGUCUGUUGGCACCUGAAGGUUCUCUAGAAGUCCAUGAGGAAGCCUGGAACGCAUACCCCUACUGUAGAACGAUUAUUACGAACCCGGGCUACAUGAAGGAUGCUUUUUACAUCUCCAUAGAGACCUUACAUGCUCCCGGGGAUGGGCAGAUGGAGAAUAACCCAGGCUAUAUGAAGAAAAACUUUGUCAUUUGCAUUGAGACCCUUCACGUGGCUGAUACGGGGGUCAUGGAAAAUGCACACGAACUCACUGGUGAAAAAUUGAAAUUGCGUGAGGUAGUACCAAUUGACAUUGCCAAUGACCCAGUUAAGUCUUCAGAUUACAAAGCUGAUGAAGACCCGACCAAAUUCAAGUCUGAAAAGACUGGUCGCGGGCCACUGGUAGGCCCAGAAUGGUGGAAAAAGUGUGAUCCAGUAAUGACAUGCUAUAAGCUAGUGACAUGCGAGUUCAAGUGGUUUGGACUGCAGACACGUGUGGAAAAGUUCAUCCAGGACAUUGAGCGUAGACUUUUCACCAACUUCCAUAGGCAAGUGUUCUGUUGGAUGGACCGAUGGCAUGGGAUGACCAUGGAUGACAUCCGCCGCUUAGAAGACAAAACAAAGGACGAACUAGAUUCUCAAAGACAGCAGGGUGAAGUACGAGGCACCAAAGGCGAGUAAAGGAUCCAGACAUCUUCACUUGCACUGGAUCAUGCUGGGAGCCCAGGCUGCCAGCCCCAACCCUGCCAUAUAAUAUAAUGUUCAGGAUACUGUGAUCCAUGCCAGCUCUGCACUGAGCAAGAUACAAAGGCAAGCAAGCAGUUUACAGGCAUCACACUUCUUCCACGUGAUGGGGUGCUCUGGAACCUCCUCGAGUCCUGUUGUUGCGAGCCUUGAUACAAAGAAUAUACCAUUAUAGUUACCAGGCAAACCCAAGUUGGAAUUACUCACAGUCUGUUAGAAUUAAUUUGAAUUGUAAUUGAGGUUAUCAAGAUUUUUUUUUAUUACUAUUAUCAUUUUUUUUUUUUUUUCCGUCUCACUGAUUUUUAUCGUAAGAUUAUAGAAGUCGUGGCAUGAAUACAAGGGGAUGCAGAGACAUUGAAGACAGUGUUAGAGAAGAGUAUUAGCCUUUAUUGCUUGUACAGUCUUGAAAUGGAAAAAUAUCCUUGUUGCUGGAUAGAAGCACUUUUAGCCCAUAGCAAAGGAGGACGGCAGACCUGCUAGUUCACAAACAUUUUUAUCAUAUAAGCACUACUUCUGUACUGCAACUGUGAAAUAUUACAUGUACCCCGAGUUACCAUGCGUCUGAGAUAGAUAGCUGUUUCGGGCAUGUGUUGAGUUCAGAUUAAAAGUUUUACUUCUGUGUAUUCUCUGGACAUGAAAAGAAAUACUUGUUCUUGCUUGUAUGAUGGGGAUUAUCCUAGGAAUAUCAAAAAUUAUUUUAAAAUCUAAUUGUUUUGUUCAGUGUCUUGGUAGGUACAUGCUCGCAGUAAGAAUUUUAUGUUUCCAAGAUGAAAGUUGGGAUUUUAAUUUUAAUAUGUCAAUUGGAAUCAAAAUUAAAGGGUUCUGACAAGUAGAAUAUAAGGUCAACUUGUUCACAUUUUAACUUGUAUUUUACUUGAUUUUGUAUGUUACAAGUGAGCCAUCUUUCCCUGAUGUAUGGUACAGGACCUUUACCAAUGAUGUUUGGCAACACAAUACUUCAUUCCUUAUAGUCCAGUGUGAUGUAAAAGAGUGCAACUUGAUCUUUGAUUAAUUUUGAGUAAAACAUGUGAGGAACUUACCAGAAUAGUCAGGUUAAGUUAGUAGGCACUCUUGAUUCUCUCUAUUCUAGACAGAAUAGUUGACCUUUAUGGUUAUUAUGUAUUAUUCAGCAAUACAAAUAACAUGUAUAAUGGAAACAGAUGGAAGCUCUUAAGAUAAUACAUUUGAUUUGAUCUGUGCCAUGUACAUGCUGUUUAGUAUUUGGUGCCUCUUGAGAUUUAAUUAAUGAAAUUUAGGGGUGGGUUGGGUGGGUAAAUAUCGUCAUUGCCAAAUUAAACUGAAAACCAGUGAAAUUGUGAUUCUGUGUCCCUUGCUCAUUCAUGCAUUGUAUGGAAAAGUUUAAUGAAUACAAGUUAGGACUCGCAAUUUUAAGGGAUAAUUUAAAAUUAGACCCCUGUUGAUAAUCCAUAAAAUGAUAAUGACUAUUAAAAGGUAUGGCAAAGAUA